GGGGGGUGGGGUACAGAUUUUAAAACACCGUCGUUUUAUUAGGCAUUAGGGCUCACGACAGUGAGAAACAGUCAUCCAAGGAACCCGUGAUCACAGACUGGAUCUUCUGCUACUAGCAUAUUCUAAUUAUUGCAUCUUUUUCCGUGCUUGUUGUCUCCAAAUACAAUUCUUACAGAUUAUUUUAUGCUGUCGUGUUACUAACAACUAACCUAAGUUUACAUAUUUUGUCGUUAUUACUUGUCCACAGUAAACCAAAAAACAUCCACCAAUUCAAACAUUUUUCAUUGUCACAUUCAUAGUUUCUUGAGAGAAGUUGAGAAUGAUGGGUGUUCUUCGUCUUUGUAUCUUUGCAUUCAUGUCUCUUGCUUCUUUCGCCGUUAAUGCAGAUGAAUCUUUAACCCUGAAUGAUGAUAUUCUGGGCCUGAUAGUCUUCAAAGCAUCUGUUUCUGACCCUUCAUCACAACUAUCCUCAUGGAAUCAAGAUGAUGACACCCCAUGUUCGUGGAAGUUCAUAACAUGCAAUCUGGUAACCCGCAGGGUCACCAGAAUCUCACUCGAAGGGAUAAAUCUUUCUGGGAAGAUCGGUAGAGGGCUCGAGAAGUUGCAAAGUCUCAAGGUACUAUCACUAGCCAAUAACAACUUCACAGGAUUCAUCAACCCUGAGCUAUCACUUCUUACCAAUCUUGAACAGCUUAAUCUUAGUCAAAAUAGCUUUUCUGGUCGAAUUCCGGGUUCUUUAAUGAACCCGGGAUCCAUUAAAUUUCUUGAUUUAUCAAGAAACUUAUUAUCAGGACCGGUUCCUGAAGAACUCUUCAGGAACUGUUUACUUCUUAGAUCACUUUCCUUAUCAGGAAAUAACCUUGAAGGUCCAAUUCCUAGCUCACUUUCCAAUUGCAAAACCCUAAACCAUCUUAAUCUUUCCAACAACCGUUUUUCGGGUAAUCCAGUGUUCGAAUCCGGUAUUUGGACAUUGAUCCGGAUCCGAACACUGGAUCUUUCUCACAAUUGGCUGUCCGGAGCCAUACCCAAUGGUGUGUUUGCUUUACAUGAUCUAAAACAACUUGCUUUAAAUGGGAACCAGUUUUCAGCAACGUUGCCUUCUGAUAUUGGUUUGUGCCCACAUUUAAAAACCCUAGAUUUAAGCAACAAUCUUUUCAUAGAAACAGUUCCUGAAUCUUUUCAUGCUCUUUCUUCACUAAGUUUUCUAAAUCUAGCCAAUAACAAGUUGACCGGUGAGUUCCCUCAGUGGAUAGGAAGCUUGACUAGCUUGGAAUAUUUGGACUUUUCUGGCAAUGGUUUGACCGGAAUCCUACCGGAAUCUAUUGGUGGAUUAACAUCUUUAACUUACCUAAGUCUUUCUGAUAAUAGUUUAAGUGGUACCAUUCCAUUGUCAUUAGAUUUGUCCACUAAACUAUCAGUGAUUUCAUUAAGUGGGAAUAAGUUCAAUGGUAGCAUUCCGGAUGGUUUAUUCGAUCUCGGGUUCGAACAAAUUGACUUUUCAAGGAACGAACUCACAGGUUCCAUCCCUCCAGGUUCGAGUAAACUUUUUGAGUCUCUUCAGUCACUAGAUCUAUCCGAAAACCACCUUACCGGGGAUAUCCCUGCUGAAAUUGGGCUGAACUCUAAGUUAAGAUACUUGAACUUAUCAUGGAAUAAUUUUCAAACAAGAAUGCCUCCAGAGUUUGGUUACUUUCAAAACCUAACGGUGUUAGAUCUCCGAAAUGGCGCGUUUCAAGGGUCCAUACCAAAGGAGCUUUGCGAUUCGGGUAGCCUCGGAAUCCUUCAGCUUGAUGGAAAUUCUUUCACAGGAUCAAUACCUGAUGAGAUUGGAAACUGUUCUUCCCUCUACUUGCUGAGCAUCUCGCACAACAAUUUGAGUGGCACCAUUCCAAGAUCAAUGUCACAACUAAAAAAACUGAAGAUCCUAAAGCUAGAAUACAACCAACUCUCCGGCGAGAUACCACCUGAGCUCGGUGAACUUGAAAACCUUCUGGCCGUAAACGUAUCAUACAACAGGCUCCAAGGAACACUUCCAUCUGGUGGCAUAUUCCAAAGCUUAGAACCAAGUUCCUUGGUGGGCAAUUUGGGUAUUUGCUCACCACUCCUGAAAGGACCAUGCAAGUUGAACGUACCAAAGCCUAUUGUUGUUAAUCCACUUCCACAUGAAAAUCAAAAUGGAAGACAUAGUGGAGAUGAUGAAAGUGAUGUACCUUCAAACAGCAUGCAACGACAUCAUUUUCUUAGCGUAUCCGCGGUUAUCGCCAUACUAGCAGCUGUGAUGAUCUCUAUUGGAGUUCUGGUAAUAAGCUUGCUCAACAUCUCGGCUAGGAGACGCCUCACGUUUGUUGAUAAUGCGCUUGAGAGUUGCUCGAGUUCAUCGCGAUCCGGAGCUAGUUUAUCCAUGGGGAAACUCGUUUGGUUUGAUUCAAAAACUAAUCCUAAUAUUUCUUGCAUGGAAAACCCUGAAUCUUUUUUGAGAAAGGAGAAUGAAAUCGGUAGCGGGGUGUUUGGGACGGUCUACAAAGCUUCGAUAGGUAAUGGAGAUCGCAAUGUUGUCACGAUCAAGAAUCUUGUUGUGUCGAAUAUGAUUCAGUAUCCUGAAGAUUUUGAUAGGGAGGUUCGGGUUUUAGGAAAAUUAAGACAUCCAAACCUUGUGUCACUAAAAGGGUACUACUGGACUCCAAAAUUACAGCUUUUAGUGACUGAUUAUGUACCAAAUGGUAGCUUACAAUCCAAACUCCAUGAAAGAUCACCUUCAAGUCCACCUCUUUCAUGGCUAAAUAGGUUCAAGAUUCUUCAAGGAACCGCAAAAGGACUUGCUCAUUUACACCAUUCCUUUUGUCCUCCAAUUGUUCACUACAACAUCAAACCGAACAACAUUCUUCUCGGCGAAAACUUGAACCCGAAGAUCUCAGAUUUUGGGUUGACACGAGUUCUAUCAAAACUAGACAAACAUGUCAUGAGCAACCGCUUUCAAAGCGCGCUAGGAUACGUGGCUCCAGAGAUGGCUUGCCAGAGCUUAAGGGUGAACGAGAAAUGCGAUGUUUACGGGUUUGGGGUCUUGAUUUUGGAGAUAGUGACAGGGAAGCGACCUAUCGAAUACGGGGAAGAUAAUGUGUUGAUACUUAAUGAACAAGUGAAGGUUAUGUUGGAAGAAGGGAAUGUGUUGGAGUGUGUUGAUGAGAGUAUGGGAGAGUAUCCGGAAGAAGAAGUGUUGCCAGUUCUUAAAUUGGCAUUGGUGUGUACUUCUCAGAUUCCUUCAAGCAGGCCAUCAAUGGCAGAAGUUGUUCAGAUAUUACAAGUUAUCAAGACACCAGUUCCUUGUAGGAUGGAAUCGUAUUAGGACUAUAACUUGGUGUGUUUAUUUGUUGUGUGAUUUUAUUUAUGUUACUCUUGUAUUGGAUGAUUUCAAGCAAUUUGCAUAAAACAAAACGAAAA